UUUUCCUUCACAUGGCAGUAUCUCGUAAGCGACGCCAGAUUAACCUCAGCCUCCGGCUUCUGUUGUCGGAGGUUUCCGAUCACCGCCCCCGGUUCCCCCUCCCCCUCCCUCCAUCUGCCACCACAAGCGCUGUAACAGCUUCUUCGGUUACUAUCCCAGCAGCGGAGCUCGAGAGACUCGGAGUACUCGGCUACGGGAAUGGAGGCACAGUAUACAAAGUCCAACACAAGCGAACCUCCAAGAUUUAUGCACUGAAAGUUGUUUAUGGCAACGGAGACCUGACGACACGUCGACAAGUUUACAGAGAGAUGGAUAUUCUUCGAAAAAUUGAUUCGCCUCACGUCGUUCGUUGCUACGAAACGUACGAGAAUCCUUCAGGGGAUGUCGCGAUUUUGAUGGAGUACAUGGACUCUGGAACUCUGGAUACACUUCUCCGUAACAAGGGGACUUUCUCGGAGCCCGGACUUGCUCAUAUAACGAGGCAGAUUCUAAAAGGAUUGAGUUACUUGCAUAGCCAUAAGAUAACUCAUCGAGACCUCAAGCCUUCGAAUCUGUUGGUGAACAAGAAGAUGGAAGUUAAGAUCGCCGAUUUCGGAGUGAGUAAGAUUAUGUCACGGACGCUGGAAGCAUGCAAUUCCUACGUCGGAACCUGCGCUUACAUGAGUCCCGAACGGUUCGACCCGGACGCUAACGGAGGUAACUACGAUGGAUUCCUCGGCGAUAUCUGGAGUUUAGGGCUUACUUUGAUGGAGCUUUUCGUGGGCCACUUUCCGUAUAUACCGGCGGGUCAAAAACCCGACUGGGCUACUUUGAUGGUCUCGAUAUGCUUCGGCGAACCCCCUGUUUUGCCCCCUAGUGCUUCCGAUGAGUUCCGGAGCUUCAUGGAGUGUUGCUUGCAGAAGGAAUCUAGUAAGAGGUGGACAGCCUCUCAGCUUUUGGAGCAUCCGUUUUUGAUCAAGUAUCCGGUCGCAGAUAAUUGAACCGACCUGACAACAAACAGAU